AUGCCACGCCGACGCCGCCCCCCUCGACCCGGUGCACUCGCCGAUCUCUCGCCAAUCCGCAUUCUCUCCCAGAUUGUCCUCCUGCAACUCGCAUACUAUGCAUGCGCCGGGAUCCUUAUUCUCUUCACUGCUCUGGUAGCGGGCAAGGAGAUCAGCCUGGAUCUUCUCUUCAACUGGCAGAGCCUGAGCGGAGAUACCACGGUUGGAUGGACAUUGGGCCUGGUCUGGAUGUUGAAUAGCCUCGCCUGUGCUAUUUUCAUACUGCUUCUCAUUGCCCGCUCUAAGCUCGUCCUUGAUUUUGCCCUUACCGUGCACUUUAUUCACUUGGUUGUCACCUCCUUAUACACGCAUGCGAUACCCGCGAACCUCUUCUGGUGGGCUCUACAGAUAUGCAGCGCGACCAUCAUGACUUCCUUGGGAGUGUGGGCAUGCCAGUGGCGGGAACUGAGACCCAUCAAUUUUGGGAGCAAGACGCCCGCGCGACCGCAACCACAACCGGCGGCCGAAGAAGAGGGCGGCGAAUCUAGGGGCAGGGGCAGGGGUAGAGGGAGGGACGGCGCGGGGGAAUACGAAAUGGUUGGCAUGAACGAAGGGGAUAACAACGUCUGACCGCUCUCCAUCCUUUGCAUAAUAGGCGUUUGGGUUCGCCUGACUUGGACAUAUCGAUUGGCAUCAAAGCAACAUUUAAUAUACCCGGAGAAAGCAUAGAGCAUUAUACAUUAGCAUUUGGAUCAGACGUCAAACAAUCUGCUCAGUCAUAAUCACUGUGGCGUGUUAACGGCAUUCAAAACUUUGUAUCGCUCUGCCUCCAAGAAACCAUUCCGACGA